AAAUGGAGAAUUGUUAAGCUCUAGAAUAGGAUUUGAGGUCUCUUAGGAUUUCAUGCUGUGUUGCUACUAUGAUGUGCUGUAUAGAAUUGAAAGUACAUAUGCUUUUCCUCUUCAUUUGUUCCUCCCCUAUCUUGCCUUGUGCAGCUUCGAUGGUCAAUCCUUGCCUCUGUUUAUGGGUGUUGCUCACAGUUCUCGGUGUUAGAUGGCAUCUUCAACUCUAAAACCAGGUGUGCCUAUUACAUUGCGAGAGCUAGAGCCCUCCUCAGAUGUGUUCAAGCAAGGGGCAUCCCUGCGUGUAACAGGAAACCUUCAGUCAUACGAUGUCGAAUCUGCGAUUGCUGUUAUUCAAGAUGGCAGCGCAAGCCUGAAGGUUGACACUCAACACCUGAGGGACAUCAGUUUCCGCACUAAUUCGACGUACCAGUUCAUCGGCGAACUCCUGAUCCGACCAGACAAUGAUGCGAUUCUACAAGCGCGCGUAGGCAGGAACGUUGACGGUCUUGACCUGAACCUUUACCAGCAGUCUUUGAUCAUCCGACGGCAACACGAAGCCACGCUACUGAAUUCCAGGAGAGCAUGAAUGCAUGAUGAUCCAAGGCUGUGGAACCAUGCUCGUGACCUUCAGUUCAUUGCGAUCAUGCGCUUCAGUUUGCUAGACUAAUUGGGGGAAACCAACAGAGUAGUGGUACUUGUUAACUGAAUCCCUGAACACAUGUUAUUCAUGUAGGCUGUAGGACCACCUCAAGGCUUCAUAGCUUUGAAGUCCAUGAGCACCAAUUAUUUGAUGGCCCACGUUCAAACUACCUGUUUCUGGUUGUUAUCAUGGGCUGGCAUUCUCUUGCAGCUGAAGUGCUGUCUUGACAGAUGUAGCUGGUAUCCUAUCAUUGUGAACAAUCUAGAACCUAGCAGCCUGUCUAUGGUGAAAAAUGUGUGGGAACCAUUUUUUUCUGUUAGCUAUGCUGCUUUAGACUAAUUAUUACUUUGCAUGUGCAUUGUGAAUCAAA